AUGGUAUUAACCAAUGAAGAUAAAAUUGAAAUAAAAAAGUGUAUAGUUGAAGAACUAACAACUAUUGUGGCUAAACUUGUGGGUCGUUGCAAUUCACCGUACGAUUCCGCUCCACCAACCUUAUGUACUCCUCGGUCCUUAACAGUAUGUUGCGUGCAAAAAUCUCCUUCGCAAGCUUAUAAGCAGUCCACACCAGUAUCUGCCCAACCAACUUCGACCAGGCGUUCACAGAUUCCACCAGACCGUUCCGAGGAUCCAGAUAAUGGUUUUACCAUAUGUUGUGAGGUACCGCGAUGUCCACCAGAUGAUACAAAUAAUGAAGAAACUAAUAGUCAAUAUAUUAUGGUUAAUACCUCGAAAUCCAGAGAAUUACGAAGUAGUAUUCUAUAUGUAGGUUGUGAAUGUGAGAGAAGGAAUGGCCUACAAGAUGAGUGCCCUCGUUCUGAAUGCCAAGGGAGUCCAGUUUGUCUACUUCCUUCACCACAAUGUGGUCCUGGUACUCAUGCUCGAGAAAAGCAGUUGGAGAAACGGAUUUCUACUACGAAAAUUGAAUCACUUGAUAUUCAUAACUGUUUUCUAUGUGUAAAAUGUAACUGA